GAUGUCUACAAAAUUUCGUCCUUGCAUCGACCUACAUCAAGGGCGUGUGAAACAAAUUGUUGGCGGUACAUUAACCGACAGCGAAAUCGAAUUGAAGACGAAUUUUGUGUCCAACCAGGAUGCCAGUGCUUUUGUUGAACUUUAUCGACAGCACGAGCUAUUAGGAGGUCACGUGAUUAAACUGGGUGAUGGAAAUGAUGCUGCAGCUCGAGCAGCGUUGCAAGCUUGGCCAGGAGGUUUGCAACUAGGUGGAAGUAUUAAUUCAUCGAAUGCAGCCGAAUGGCUAGAAGCAGGAGCCGAGAAACUAAUUGUGACUUCUUGGCUUUUUCCUAAUUGCACAUUCUCUAUCGAGAGACUUGCUGAGAUUUCAAGUUUAAUAGGACGCGAUCGUUUGGUAGUAGACUUGAGUUGCAGAUGUACUGGUGAUGGCUGGACGGUUGCUAUUAAUAAGUGGCAGACUUUAACCGACAUGCAGUUGAAUGGCGAGAGUCUUCAUCGUGUUGCAAGAUUUUGUUCCGAAUUUCUGAUCCAUGCGGCUGAUGUGGAAGGAUUGUGCUGUGGGAUAGACGAGCGUCUCGUCAAAAUGCUUGCAUCGUGGUCUCCACUACCUUGUACGUAUGCGGGAGGAGGAAGGCGAAUAGAAGACUUGGACCUCGUCGAUCGUUUGUCUAAUGGGAGAGUCGAUGUUACGUUUGGAAGCGCACUCGAUAUAUUUGGUGGUUCAGGCAUAAAACUUGUUGACUGCAUCAAGUGGAAUAGAGAGCAUUCACGGUAAUUUCAACUUCAAGUACUUACUAAAUGAAAUCUAGAGCAAAUUUAUAGCUAUUAAAUGUGAAAUGUUGUUUAUCAACGUGGUUGUGACACUAAUGUAUGUAUCUGGGUACAAGCCUUGAAUUGUUGCAUGCAGAAAGGUUGUGCUGAAGGGUCAAAAUUGAGCUUGACUUUAGUCAAAUUACAUGUUGCACUUGUAAGUCUAGUAAUUGUGCUAGACAAAUUACUUUAGCUUAUGAUUACAGUCAGACCUUGUUAUUCUGACUACAUUUAUCCCGUGAGUUUCUGUUGUACAAAUGCGACUGUCGGAUUAUUAAUAACAACUACACAGUGACCAUGCAAAUUGGGUUCA